UCUUUAGCUGUUUGUCUUCGUUAUGGUUUCAUUUCGUUCGUGGUCAUUUCUUUUAGUUGGUGAAAAAAUUAGUUUGGUGUGGUCGGGAUCAUUGAACGGACGCUAAAUAUUCGCGAAUUAUAGCCAGUUUAAUUCAGAAUUUUAAUGUGUAGUUGCAAAUACUGUAACAAUUACAUGUAGUGGUUUAACAUUUAAUGAAAAUUUGAAACAAUUUAACACAAUGGCUUCAGACGAUAAUUGGAGAACUUCGGCGUUCAGGCAGAGUGUGGUGUCCAAAAUUGAGGAGGUGAUCCAGCGUUCAGGAGUUCAAGUAGCGCGGAACAGCAGUGAGAUGGAGAACCAUGUUUUUCUAAAAGCUAAAACUCGGGAAGAAUACAUGAACAUGGUGGCUAAACUUAUUUUGCAUGUGAGGGAACUUUCACAAUCAAAACAAAAUCAAGGCCAGCAGCAAAUGCAGGGCCCCAAUCAAGGACAAACUGGGCCAAGUCCACAAGUCCAGGCCCAACAAGGGCAACCCCAACAGGGACCUAACAAUCAGGGUGGCCUUACACCAGAUCCAAUCAAUGCCCUACAGAAUUUAGCGUCACAAGGGUCUAGAAAUCAAAUGAUGACAAUGGGACCUCAAGGACAGAUGCAGCAGCAAGGUGUGAUGGGCCCUAACCCUGGAAUGGGAGGCAUGCAGGGCCAAAUGGGCCAACAAGGUCCAAUUGUGUCCCAAGGACCUCAGGCACAGACAGCUACUAGUCUACUUCAAACCUUGAAUAGGCCGCAGAUGAACAUGCAGCUGCAAAACAAGUUGGGAGGUCCAAUGGGGAUGGUGAGCAACCAGGGCCAGAUGGGGAAUAACAUGGUUGGUGGCAUGGGAGGUAUGGGUAACCCAAUGGGCAGUCAGCUACAGAACCAACUUGCUGGUGGCAUGCAAGGACAGAUGAUGCCAAAUAUGUCUAUGCCCAAUUCAAUGCAGGUGCCAAUGAGUGGGUCCAACACUAUGGGUCAAAUGCCAUGCAACCAGGUGGGCCAAAUGGGUCAAAUGGCACCAAACAAUAUGCAAGGGCAGAUGCAAGGACAAAUGGUAGGUGGCAUGGGUAACAACCAGAUAGUGGGAUUGAAUAUGCUGCACAUGGGUCGCGUGGGAGUCGGCAAUAAGCAGGAGGUAGGAGGAAUGAUGGCGGGCAGUUACCAGGGUGCUAGGGCACCUCCUCCCACUCAGUUUCUUCGUCAGAGUCCUUCGCCCUCCGCUCCUUCACCCAGCAUGGGUGGACCUAGUCCUAUGGGUGUGAUGGGCACAACGAUGACGUCACCGAUGUCGUCACUGGGCGGGCUGGGGGCCUGCGGCAGUGUCGGCAGUCCGUCCCCGUCCAACCCAACGCAUCUACAACAUCAUGUGCAACAACCACAGAGGUCGCCUAGGGGCGUCGGUAUGGGUAUGGUAGCGUCGCCCUCUUCGUCCCUGAACACGCCGGUGGGAGCGAGCGUGGCGUCCCCUGGCGGGGAGGAGGCAGCUUAUCGGGAGAAGGUCCGACAACUUUCGAAGUAUAUCGAACCGCUACGUCGCAUGGUGCAUCGCAUGGUUAGCGAAGGAGAGAAUGUUGAAAAGCUGACAAAAAUGAAGAACUUAUUGGAUAUUCUGUCCAACCCCAAUAAGCGCAUGCCGCUGGAGACUCUCAUCAAGUGUGAGGUCGUGCUGGAGAAACUGGACUUCAAGAGGGGAGAGGGAGUCGUUGUUCCCAGCACUGGGAAGGAACAAAUAUUCAAUCCGUUGUUAGAAGUAGUAAACAACUGCCUACAAUCUCCCCUCGCUAACCACACACUCAAACGCACCUUCGGGUCUGCUCUCGAUGCGCUGAAUGGACCAGAAAUGAGAAAUUUACCGACGCCUCAAAAGGUACCAAAAUUAGAAGAGCCUCCCAUGGAGAUUCCAGAUGUUCUGCAAGGGGAAAUUGCCAGAUUAGACUCCAGGUUUAAGGUAUCCCUAGAACCAAUGUCGUGGUCAGGCGGUGCAGGAGGAGGUGCCAUAACCCUGGUGGCCGCGCUGGACGAGCCACGCCUGCCCUGUGUCGCUGGAGUCCACGUCGCCGUCCCAAGGGACUAUCCUGCCAGGCCACCCGUCAGACUAAAGCCAAGGACGGCCAAGAAUUAUGCGCCUGACUCCUUCUUAGCUCGUCUGGAAAAGGCCAUGGAUGCUCGAUGUGCCAGGUUACCAAAAAGUUGUUCAGUAGGACAGCUACUAGACGCGUGGGAGAUGAGUGUGAGACAAGCCUGUGCCCCUACGCCCGUGGCCUACGCCCCAGUCCCAGCGCUGGGCUUGUAAACAAGUAACAUAUCCUAUAAAUAUACAUAGUUCCCUCAUCAUGCAAAAUUAGUCUCUUAACCUACUAAGUACAAAGAGACUGAAUUGUUCGUUGAGAGCUAUGUAUUGUGUUCGUUUGUCGAUAUAAUAUUUUAAAUAUCUCAAGUUUGGAACCGUUUUUAGCUACAAUUGAUAAAAAGCGGGAGUUUCUAUUAUGUGUAUACUUUUUUGCUAGCUUCGCCCCUAGCUAGCACCAAUAACAAAUGUAGUAAUUGUACUCUGUUGAUCUUUGCGCAAUGAGACCAUUGUAUGCCAGAGGCAGUUGUGAGAAUUGAACUUGUGAAAACAAACUGCAUCUAGAUAGCCUUUGGCAUGUCCAUUUUUCAUUGAAAACCGCUUCGAAACCCCAAUAAAACGUACAUUGUCUUUUUUAAACAAUAUACUUCAUAAUUGAGAACAAUUAGGUAUAUUAAUAAUAUUUAUUAGUGAAUAAAAUUUAUAAAAAUAGGGACAAAUUAAUUACAGAGGGUUUAUCAAGUGUAGUAAUAUACUGCAAUUAUGUUAAGAUAAAUAAAUAGUAUAUAUUGUUGAUGCAUGUUCCUAAAUAACUGUAUUGUGGAGUGUCUGAACAAUUUUCAACCUUGACGACGUGAGUAUAAGGUUCUAACUUAAACGUUUUCAGAACCUUAAAGGCUAUGGUCAUAAGGUUGCAAAUCAAUUGUAGUGUAUAGGUAUAGAUUCUCAUUAGUUUGAUUUGAAGUAAAGUCGGAGCAUGGUAAAGGAUUUUCGACCUUAAUUAAUUGUGAAUAAGGUUGUAAAUUAUAAAUGAGUGGUUCUCCAUUUAUAUAUUUUUUACGCAUGUGUUGUUCACUUAUUUACGUGAGGAUUUAGUUUUUAAGUAAUUUCAGAUAAUAGUGAUAUUGAUUUUUUUAUUACAGUUGUUUUAGUUAAACUCGUUUUCAUAUUAUCUUUUGUUAAUGAAAACCAAAAAUGUUUUUGUCUGUACAAUAUUGUACCUUAUGUCCUUUAGAUACGAUUUCUUUUUGCAUGAUAGAAACUUGAUAUUUUUCAUGAAUUGUACAAGUAUACAAAAUCAGAUUACUUCAUGAUCUCACCUUUUUCGAUAUCCUCAAUAAAAUAUGAAAUUUUUCUACAAAACUAAGAUUAAAAAACUUUAAUCUAUUCUGUACUAUAUUUAAAGAGUCAUAAGGUACAAUUUUGUACAAAUAUUCAUGUUUAUGAAAUGCUAAAUAGGUAUAAGAAUAAAAUAAGAAUAAAAUGUAAGAAUAGAGGGAUCUUCUAAUUUUAAUGACAUAUAUUAUUAUAUAUUUUGCAUACGUGAUAUAUAAUCUGUGAUAGUUUGAAGAAUUAUAUGAUACUUGUAUUCACAGUAGAUAAAGUAAUAUUUACUUCAAAAUCUUCAAAUUUAACUUUGACAUUGAAAUUCCGACUUUAUUGUCUUCGUAAUAUGAUUCAUUUUAGUUUGACACUAAUGUUUAUGGGUAUUAUUCGUUUUAUUUCAAUAGGAAUCGUUCUGAUAUUGAAUUGACGACCUUAAUAUAAUGAGAUGUAGAGUUUAAAUUGGUAUAACGCACACAGUAACAAUUUUAGUUUUCAUUUUUGUGUUAUAGAACAAAAUUUAGGAAUGAUCUUGAAUGAAAAUCAUUACUUGCAUGUUGUAGUUAAAAAUUGUGUAAUAGCGAUGCUAUCGACAUGUUAUCCUUUUUGCAUAUGUCACGGAGAACCUAACGGGUAACCGGGCUCCGGCUCGACGUGCAGGAGAAGGAACGGGGUGGUUUUUAGUCAGUAAGAGUCUGACGCUCCCUCCCGCCUCACCCAGGCGGGAGCAUGCAUUGGCAACAUCAACGUCGCUUGCGACACGUGGUGCACGACACGCUCGAAGCGCUUCGCUUCAAGCUUCCUUGUGCGUACUGCUAAGGAGUGGAAUUCUUUGCCAGAGUCUGUAUUUCCUGAA